AUGGUUUUCAACACCAUCGAAGAUGCUCAGAUGUUUUAUAAUGAGUACGCGGAGAAAGCAGGUUUUGGAAGUAGGAUAGGAUGCUCUAAAAGGAGCCAGAAAAAGGGAUGUGACCAUUUGAUAAGGAGGGAUUUCGAGUGUGCUCAUGCACGGAAGGGUGGUGUUGCUGAGAGUCAGGGGGAAGGUUUGUUAGAUCCAGAGGUGUUUGAUGGAGUGGACAAGGCCAUGGAAGCAACAUCGGAGACCCAAAAUUUUGGCAGUAAGACGGAAGCUCCAAAAAGGAGAAGAAACAAGCUGAAGAGGCAUGAUUGCAAAGCUAGGAUGUCAGUUGGACUAAGGAAGGAUAAAUGGGAAGUUACAAUUUUCAUUGAGGAACACACGCAUCCCAUGAUGAGUAGAGGUGAGUGGACAAGGUAUUACAGAUCGCAUCGUAAGGUACCGUAUGAAGACUACAUGUUGAUUAAGACGUUGCAUAAUCGCAAUGCCGACACCUCUCUCAUCAUGGCCACAUUAGGUGAUCUGCAUGGAACUCUCAGAACAUUGCCGUACACAAACAGAGAUGUUGCGAACAUUCGUACUAAAUUGAGAAAUGAGGUGACUCAUACUGAUAUGGGGAAAACCUUGGAGUAUUUUCAGAAGCUUCGGGCAGAGAGUCCGCAAUUCUACUUUGCUAUAAAACUUGAUGAGAACAAUGCUGUGAGAGCACUUUUCUGGGUUGAUGGAAGGACACGUGAGGUGUACAGAAAGUUCAAAGAUUGUAUUUUCUUCGACACCACAUUUUGCACAAACCGAUAUGACAUGCCGUUCGCACCAAUUGUUGGGAUAAACAACCAUAUGCAAAGCAUCAUGCUCGGGUGUGCUUUAAUACCAGAUGAGAAGAAGGAAACAUUCAGGGAAACUUGGGCACCUGCAUAUUUCAAGAAGAAUUUCUUUCCCUUCACAAGCACGACAGGGAGGUCAGAAGGUUUGAACUCUUUCUUCAAGAAGCUUGUGCAUCCGCAGGACUCAGUUUGGCAAUUUGUGAAGCAGUACGAGUACAUUCAGGAAACUAGGCUGGAUAGGGAGGACAAUGCUGGUUUCUUAGGAGAAGCCACAACAGCAGCCGUAUGGUCGAGUUACAAGAUUGAGGAGCAAGCUUCUAGAUUUUAUACAAGAGCUGCAUUUGCAAAAUUCAGAGAAUUUAUGGAGAUGACGACAGCUUAUAGCAUAUACCCAGCUGUAGGUGACGGUGUUAAGUAUGAGCUUCAUAGAAAUGAUCCAAGAGCAAAGAAAAUUCGGAUGGUGAUGGUGCAUACAAAUGUCCAAGAAAUACCUGAAAAAUAUUUGCUUCAUAGAUGGUCGGAGGCUGCAACUGUGUGUGAAGCUAAAUGCAAUAGAGAGUUUUCAGGGUAUAGCGUAGUUCCAGAGACAAACACAUUGAGGUACAAUGCUCUAUGCAAGAUGUUGAAUAAGCUUGCAGCGAAAGCGUGUUAUGGCACAGAAUCAUACAAGAUUGUGGAAGGUGGUGCUGAACAUUUGACCUCUUUGAUUGAGAAAUUAAGAUUGUCUGGUGGUGUCGUGGCAGAAGAAGGAGGUGAGGAAAUCGGUGCAGCAGAUAAAAAAAUGAUGAAUCCUCCACGUUCUGCCAAAAAGGGUCGUCCCGCGGCAAAAGAAAAGAGGAGGAAGCCUGGAGUGGAGCUGCGACAGGAGGAAGCACAGAAAAAAGCGAAGAAAAGAGCGCAGAAUGCUUGCUCGAAGUGUCGUGAAACUGGUCACAUCAGGAGGAAAUGCCCAAUAGAAGCACUAGAAAGGAAAGAAGAAGCUGACCGCGAGGAACGUUUUCGGCUCGAGACAGAGCUAACUUUGUGA